ACCCCUGCAGGGCCUCAUCCCAUCUGAGUCAGGACCCUUGGGGAUAUAACGACGGUCGCAAUCCAGAUCGCUCCUGUCGACCUUGCCGCCACUAGUAACUUGAAGUAUCGCUGAGAGCUGGCCGAAAGUAAUGCAGCCCACAAUGAUCUCGUUGUGGAUCAUAAUGUGCAUGAUGGUGCUCAUUAUUGUGAAUAUGAUUACAGGAUACUUGGUUUUCUUAGGCGAUAGCCAGAAGCAGGCAAAGUAUUCACCACAACGACCACAGACUCUAUACCAGGGAGAAAUGAGACCAGUUAAAAUGUACAUUCAGAACACCAUCCACUAUAAUCCGCAGACGUCCUUGGGUGCUGCACAAUUCUCGAGACUUCUUCCUGCCGGAGGGCAUCUUGUCCAUCUCAACACCACGGGAGAAGAUGUUACAUACACAGUUGCAAUGUUCCACCAGCUUCGCUGCCUUGAUAUUAUUCGCAAUGAUUAUGUAUCGGGCACGUCUUCGCCACUGCUUCGACAUUGCUUUAACUACCUGAGGCAGUCGAUCCUCUGUCUGUCCGACACUCGGCUGGAGUCUGUCCGCUCUCCUCUUGCGCCAACCCUUGUUAGCCUAUCUUCAGACCACGUAUGCAGAGAUUGGACGUCACUUUAUGCAGCAGCCGAGAUGGUUUACAAUUCAAAAUAGAUGUGUGGGAGGAAUAUCUCUUUCACUUGUUCUAUAGGUACACUUGGUCCUACGUGAUUACAAAUCAACUUCACGAUAACCU